AUGUAUGAGUUAUUCAUUUUUAUAACGGAAAACUUUUUGGUCUUCGAGCUGGCGAACACAGGUUACUUAGGCUCUGCAAUAUUUUUGUUAAAGAAAAUAACAUUAUUUUCGAUGAAAGUCUGUUUAAGACGUUUCAUGGUGGCCUGAAAGAUUUGAAGAAGAAGCCUCGUUUUAUAAAGCAUAAGUGCCAUGAGGGGUUGGUCAUCAGUAUGAUCGAUGUUUGA